UAUAACAGCAACUGGGAAUGGCUUUUUGGUACUUUUCAUCGUCAAAAAUCGCAGGCUACACUCCACGGCCAACUGGUUUGUUUGUCGUUAGUUGUUGCUGACUUUGUGUUGGGAGUUGCGAUAUUUCCCAUGGGACAUCUUUGUAGCAUCUUAGCUGUAUGCAAUAAGAGCGUCUAUGUGACCUUACAUUGGUUUUUCCUUCACUCCUCCGAUACAAACUUGGGCAUUUUAACCUGGGAUCGCUACAUAAACAUUGUUCAUUCCUUCAGAUAUCCUAACAGCAUGACUUCAAGAAGCCCUGGAAUAGUCAUUUGUAUGUCGUGGGUAAUUCCUUUGAUCAUUUCGCUGGCUGUUGUGGUAGGAAUGCACGCUACGAACUCAUACAAAGUUUGGAAAAUCUCACGAAUAACCGGAGUCUCGAUUUUUGACAUAUCUGCGUGUGUGUUAGUUUCCCAUGCUGUUGCCCGCAUUCUAGUUGUCGCACGCGCCACAGCAAACGGAGAUUCCACCUUCCGAAACGCAGUUAGAUCGCUAGAGAUUCAUGAAGGUUACAACUGCUUUUCCAAGAAAACUGCACCUAUCUUCAAACGUAAGAAGCACGGAGCAGCAUACUUUAUAAUUGCAUUAGUAGCGUUAUUCUUGGUAUGUCAUGCGAUAAUAAUAGACUAUUUAGCUCUCUGUUUUACAUUUUCUUGCAAGUUAUACAAAAAAGGUCCAGAAAUUCUGACCUUAUUUUUGGUUUAAAUUCAGCAGCAAACCCUUUGGUUUACGCAUUUUUUGAAGCAGGAUGUUAAAUUAGAAUUACGCAAGCUCGGUUGUGAAGAAAGGUAAAAGCGAACUUUCGCAAAUGUGUUUUAGGCUGAAAUGUGUUUUAGGGUGUUUAAAUGAUAAAAAGGUUCUUUUCAGUAUUACCCGAUACUGGUUUUACUACAAAUUACACCAAAUUGUACAUUAGUGAUUGAGUUAUUGUCCAAACAACCAGGUACGGCUUCUUACCUAGGUGUAGCGGAUUUAAGAAGAAAUCAAAACCUAUUGCGACCGUGACACUCUUUAUUAACAUGCAAAAAAAUUAUAACACGCUUCUGAGUGUUAGGUUACUCCGAGAGCCCAAAACCAGCCGACUGGCAGCUGUAAUUCAAAGAUGCUCUUUUUUACUUAUUUUCAAAAAGAAACAAUAGACUUAUUACCGUAGGCGUCAAAUCUCCACGAAUACUUUUGAAUGUGUUUUUUGUAGAAAGAGGAAGCCUUACUGUCAUCUUUCCCUUUUGCCGCGCGCUCACAUCAAAGAAUAAAAAAAGGCGACCAAUAUUAUUGUUAUAAUAAUUCUUAUUCUUAUUGUUAUUGUAAUUCAUACUCUUCUAAAUAUAUUUAUCAUUAUCAUUAGUAUCAUUAAAGUGCCAAUAAAAAAUUUUUAGGGAUGGAACGGUUCCUCCAAUAUCAUCUAUUAUCGUCGUUGCUUUUCUGUCUGUUUGCUCCAAUCAAUGGCGCUGAAGAUUUCGGUCGGAGUGAUG